CUGACAAUAUUGCAUGAAAAUUUUGUCCCUGUUCUCACAUUAAUUUGUUGUCCAAGGAAUGUUGAUCCGGCUUUUUUUGUUAGUUUUCCUAUAUUUUACAUGCAUUUUCUUAGCACCUGCCAAAAAUCAACGAAAAAUAAUUGGUAGCAGAUAGUAUACUUAGUGUUGGACUUUUGAUUAAAAUAAAAAAUGAAUUCUGACAGAAGUUUUAUUGAAUCUAUAACAGAUAAUCCUGCUGCACAUUAUGAAGCCUUUUUGAGAUAUCCAACAUCUUUAUCUGCAAUGAGUGCUCUAGUUCCAUCCUCAAUUGCAUUGAGUGUUCCAUAUACAUCUGCAAUUAUUGUUACAUCUUCAGCUGCUACAAUUGGUAAGUUUAUAAACUAUUAUUUUUUAAUAUGUUUAUGCAUAAUAUACAUGUGUAAAAGUAUUGUUUCUAAUAUGUAUAUGCUUAUCUUAUUGAUAGCAAGUAAAUUGUUAUUUUAUUUUUAAAAAAUUUUACCUUUAGUCCCACAACCUCCAUAACAACUACAGAUUUAGGGUCCAGCACCCUGGACCGAUUAGUUAUCGGUCAUUUUUGCGGUGGGUCCGGUUAGGAGGGAAUGAUGGUGAAUCAUUCAGCUGGGCCUAUCAUCCUCCUAACAGGAGUGCUGGGAGCUACAGUAGAAGAGGAAGCCGUGGAGGAGGUGGUGGGCAAAGAUGGAAUGGUGGCGGCCUUGUCGUGAAUGGUGGCAUCCACUAUUACUAGGCACCACCAUUCCUGUUUUUUUUUUAAUUAAAUAUAUAACAUUAUCAA